UAAAAGUCCCGCACGCUGUCAACAUAAACACGCGGUUUCGGUAACUAAAAGCUGCUUGAAACGCGUGUCCUGUUUGUUGAUCUUCUAGAUCAGUUAUGCAGCUUUGUGGGGUUUGUAGCGAACACGUUCCUAAAUACAAAUGUCCGGUCUGCAGAAUCAGAUAUUGUUCAGUGAGCUGCUUUAAAAGACACAAAGAUGAUGAUUCAUGUCAUCCAGUUAAAGAAUCAGAUUCAGCCUCCAGCAGCAGGACACCAGCCAACAGGCAGGCCGCUGAGCAGCCGUGGGCCGCUGAUGAUCUUCUGGAUGAAGACAGUCAGACCGACAAAGUGCCUUUACACAAGCUUGAGCAGCUGGGUGGUUCAGAGGCGCUGAAGGGUCUGUUGAGGAAUCCUCAUCUCCGCCGGUUGAUGACGUCUGUGGACUCGGCUGAAAAUAAAGCCAAAGCCAUGAGAGACGCCAUGCAGGAGCCCCUGUUUGUGGAGUUUGCUGAUCAGUGCUUAAAAAUCAUCGAACCGCCAGACAACCAGAAUCACGAUGAUGACGACGGCGAUGAAGAUUUCUGAUCGUGUCUAGCUGUCACAUAUGUCACAAACGCAUCAGCUUUGUAAUAACGUAACCUUUGUAUGACACCGGUGUCUUUUGAAAGCAAAGAGUGUCUCGAAGGAAUAGUUUAAUAGUUUGUGCUCGCCCUCAGUUCAAUACUUCAUCAGAUUUGGGGAAAUGUUGGUAAUCAGCAGUGAAUGGGUGCCGUCAGAAUGAGUCCAAACAGCUGAUAAAAACACCGCAAUGAUCCACACCGCUUCAGUCCAGCUGUUAACGUCUUUGGAAGAUGCGUGUUUGGGAGAAUCUAACCCAUGAAGACAUUUUAAUUUCAGACAUUUCACCAAAAUACGAGCGUUGCAUCCUCCGGUAAAACGUGGUGUGAUUCAGGAGGACAGCUCUAAAGAAAUACGUGCGCUGAUUUUGAUGUGAGAGAUGGACUUUUUCUGGAGGGGCCGUGAUUACAGACUCGUAUUUUGGCUUUGAAGUGGUGGUUUGAAGUUCUUGAUGGAUUAGUUUCUUGUUUUCUUACUUGACGGCACCCAUUCGCUGCAAAGGAAUGCUAUAUUUCUCUAAAUCUGAUGAAGAAAGAAGCUCAUCCACAUCUUGGAUUGCACGAGGGCGAGCGCUUUUUCAUUUUUGGAUAAACAGACAACAAACAGACAAUCGAAAUGAACCUUUACAAUAAAAUAGCUUUUUAUAAUUUAGUGUUCUAAA